AUGAGCAGAUUGUUGAAGGCAGCAGGUGAUACUCUCUUCUCGCCCUCGGUGAGCAAACCUCUGUACUCGACACACUAUCCAACAUCACUCUUUCAGAAAUCACUAAUUGUUGCUGGCUCGACUCUGAUAUCAGCAUUCCGACCACUGAGAACCGACAUGGUUGGUGCUCUCGGAGAAACCACAGGCAUUCAAGCCUUGGAAUAUGUGAGGAAUCAAAUGGUUCUCUCGAAACAAGGAAACGAAAUUCUCAAGGAACGUCCUAACAUUGAUGAGAAGGUGAAUCCACAAUUUUGGGAAUAUAUUUCAACAUUACCACCAGAUACCUUUGGAGGAGCCUAUUACAAGUUCAUGUCCAGUAAUGGAUUUAUAGCAAGUGAGAGACCUCCCGUACGUUUUGUGGAUGACGAAGAACUGGCCUAUAUAAUGUUCAGAUACAGACAAACCCAUGAUUAUUUCCAUGUGUUGGCUGAUUUACCUCCAUCCGUCUAUGCCGAAAUUAUUGUCAAAUGGAUUGAAUUCUUCCAAACCCGAUUACCCAUGACGUUGUUGAGUGGAGCUGCAGCACCAUUCACUCAACUCACUUUUGAACAACAGAAGGAAUUAGCCACUGUGUUUAUUCCUUGGGCUUUUGAUACUGGAAGAAAUUGCAACUUCCUCAUGUCAGUCUAUUUUGAAAAGUAUUAUUUGGAUAAACCUGUGGAACAGGUCCGAAAAGAAUUGAAUUUUAAGAUUGCACCAAGAAGUAAUCUUGUAUAA